AUGCAAUCAUCACAUACUACUCAUGAUUUAUAUCAAGAAGACAAUGAAUGUAACAAACAUAAACCAGUAAAACAUGUUCGAAGUCAUGAUAUUGAUUAUCAAAAGCAUCAACGACAACAAAAGCAACGACAACAUUCACCAUUUGGAAGUCACAGUGCAAUGUCAUCUAGUUUUAGACAUUCUAUACGCAAUCUGACUUCAUGCGCUUCACUAAGUUUAACAAAAUAUACAAUAAUAAUAAUGUUGAAAUCACUUCGUCGCAGACGAAAAUCCAGCCGGACACCGGAAAAUGUUCAUCACAAUUCAUCGAAGACUGAAGCAACUUCUGUAUUAGAAGAUAAUCAUCAACAGCCAUCAAAACCUCUUCUAAUGCCAAAAAGAUCUUUUUCAUCAUCACCAUCAAGUAAUAAAAAUAAAUGUCGUACUGAAUCGACAAUAUCAUCAGCUGGUAACAAUACUUCAUCUAGUGUUAAAACACAUAAAUCAUCCAAUGAAAAGAAAAAUGUUGAAAUAUCAAAUACAUCUGCAUUCAAUUCUUCACUACAAGUAAAAUCAACUACAAAAGACGAUAUAUUAUUAUCGAAUUCACGUACAUUAUCCAGUAAAGAGAUUAGUACAAGUCUAGUUAAUCUGAUGGGUACUGCAUCUAAUUCAGCUCCUAUCGAUAAUACAACACAAAUGCCAACUCGUGAAAUUAGACCACGUAAAGAUAGUGUACUCAGUCUCAUACAGAAUUAUACCCACAUAUCCUCUACUCCUGCUGCUCCAGUUGAACGAAUAGGAUAUUUUGAAUCAUCAUCUAAUGUCAGUUCACCUUAUAUGGCUGAAUCAUCAUCAUCACAACAAAUAGUUUACACUGGAAAUAAUCAUUUUGGUAAUCUUGCAUCAACUUCAUAUACAAAAUUAACGAAUCAUUAUACUUGGUGUUAUGAAAGUUCUGCUUCAAUUCAAACAAAUAGUGGAACUAGUUUUGAUGAAUGUUUACCUUGUCUUGAAACUGAUGAUAAACCAUUAAUAUAUCGUGAACAAUUUGAAUCAACAGAACAUUUUAAUUGGUAUGGUAUUAGUGAUAUUCAUGGACCUGUUAUUAUUUCAUACAAAUAUUCAAAUGAUCAGGAUAAACAACGAUAUGUUAUGGCUAUUCUUCGAGCUCGACAACGAACAUCGAUUGAAUCAUUAUUGGAUAUACCAUCAUCACUUUCGUCUAUAGAUAUUUUACGACGAAUAUGUGAUCAAUGUGGCAUUACUGAUAUUGAGUAUUUCGAUCCGGUGCUUUGUGAUGGGUCUCAUGAUUUGCUGAUAAAAUAUGAUGAAUCAUAUGUAUCUAAAACACAUAAAUUUGGUAUUAUAUAUCAACGUGAAAAUCAACUAACUGAAGAAGAUAUAUUUAGUAAUGAAACACACAGUAUUGCUAUGGAUAACUUCCUUGAUUUUAUUGGUAAUCGUGUUAAAUUAAAAGAUUUCCAAGGAUUUCGUGGUGGUCUUGAUGUUAAAUCUGAUCAUACAGGAACUGAAUCCAUUUAUGAACAAUUUAAUAAUCAUGAAAUCAUGUUUCAUGUUAGUACAUUAUUACCACAUUCGAAAAUAGAACGACAACAACUUGAACGUAAACGUCAUAUUGGCAAUGAUAUUGUUGCCAUAGUCUUUCAAGAAAAUGAAACAAUAUUUAAUCCAGAAUGUAUUGCUUCGCAAUUUUUACAUGUUUAUAUUGUUGUAACACCAUUAGAUAAUGAUGGUACACGUUUUAAAGUAUCUGUUAUUCGUCGUGAUAGUGUACCAUUAUUUGGACCAUUUUUAAAUCAUUCAAACGUAUUUUAUUGUGAUCAAAUAUUUAAACAAUGGUUAUUAAUAAAAUUAAUUAAUGCUGAAAUGGCUUCAUAUAAAGCAAGUACUUUUCAAAAGUAUCAAGAACGUACAAAAAUGAAUUUAUUUGAAAAUUUAUAUCAUACAUUACAUGAUAAUAAUCGUCCAUUUAUGAACUUUAUUUUUAAUCAUAGUCAAUAUAAACAUGAAUGUGAUAUUGAACAACAAAAAGAAGAUGCACAAUCAUAUUCUUCAACAAAAAUAUAUGAUCGUCAUGCAGAUAAUUCAUUACUUGGUUCAGUAAGACGUCGUUUUAUUGCACCAAAAUUACGUGCACAACAUUCAGUUACACCACCACCAACAACAAUUAUUGUUUCAACACCAUCAUCAAAUAAUAUAAGUGAUUUGAAAUCAAAAGCAAAUUCAAUGACAAUGGACUUAAAACAAAGUGCAUCGAAAGAAUCAAUCACAAAUAUUUGUACUAAUGGGAAAAUAUCUUCAACCUUCUUUUUACCAAAGAACCAGAUUCCUCAAAUGGAAAAAUCUAAUACUAAUUAUUCAUUAUUAGAACCUGAAAAUGUUGAUUCAUCGUCAAGUUCUGGUUCAAAUUCAAAAUUUUUAUCACCAACAGCAUAUUUAUCUACACCAUCAAAUCAUUUUAAUCAUAAAGUCGAUUCAUAUUCACCUACAUCAUCAUUUAAUUUUAAUAAAUUAUCAAUAGAUGACAUAGAUCAUAAUCAAUUAUUACUUGAUGAUCUACAAUCUUCAUCAAGAGAUGAUUUAAUUAAAUUUGUUGUUGCAUUACAACAACAACAUGCAACAAAAUUAGCUCAAAUGGAUGAAAAUCAUUCAAAAGCUUUAAAACAACUUGAAAUUCAAUUAAUACAACAACAACAUAUUGUUGAUGGAGACAGUUCAUAA